AUGCAGUCUCCAAGGAAAGUGUCUGUGAAUGUGUGGGCGAAUUUGCACCCAGAGUGUGAGUAUAUAUUCCAGCUGGAACGAGAAGAGCAGCUCUGUCUGAGAGCAAUCGCUGAACAGGAAAACCUCAGCACUUCAGAGCAGACAGGCUGUUUCCCAACAUGGGAUUCUGUGGUGUGUUGGCCCAGAGCAGCAGUUGGGCAAACCAUACAGUCUCCCUGUCCUGCUGUUUUCUCUCUCUUUAGCAACCACACAGAAGGUACAGUGAGUCGUAACUGCACCAGUUUGGGUUGGACACACCCGUUCCCUCCGUAUCAUGAGGCCUGCAGCAUCAAUGACGACAUCCCAGAGGAAUCGUACUUCACCACGGUGAGACUGAUCUACUCCAUCGGCUACGGGGCCUCUCUGAUCUCCCUGUCCAUGGCUGUGGUAGUCCUGCUGGUCUUCAGGAGGUUGCACUGUGCAAGAAACUACAUCCACAUCCAGCUGUUCACCAGCUUCAUCCUCAAAGCAGCAUCUGUGUUCAUUAAGGACGCUAUACUCUUUGACAGUGAAGAUAUCGACCACUGUUCCCUGUCUACUGCAGGCUGUAAGGCGUCUGUCGUGUUCUGUCAUUACUGUGUGAUGAGUAAUUUCUCCUGGCUGCUGGUGGAGGCGGUGUAUCUCAACUCUCUGUUGCUGUUGGCUUUCCCUCGCAGUCGCUGCUGUCUCUGGGGCUUCUCUCUGCUUGGCUGGGGAGUUCCUCUGGUUUUUAUCCUCCUCUGGAUCGUCUCCCGAGUGUACUUUGAGGACACAGAAUGCUGGGACAUUAAUGAAGAUUCCCCUUACUGGUGGAUAAUCAAGGGUCCGAUUGUUGUAUCCAUCGGGAUCAACUUCCUGUUGUUCCUGAACAUCAUUAGGAUACUGGUGCAGAAGUUGAACCCGCGUCUAAUCCAGUUCAACAAUUCGGCACAGUAUAGACGCCUGACCAAGUCCACACUUCUCCUCAUCCCCCUAUUUGGGACCCAUUACAUGGUGUUUAACUUCCUGCCAGACUACUCUAACGUCGGCCUGCGACUCUGCUUAGAGCUGUGCCUCGGCUCGUUUCAGGGCUUCAUGGUGGCAAUUCUGUACUGCUUCCUCAACCAAGAGGUCCAGAAGGAGGUGCGAUUGUUGUGGAUGCGCUGGCAGGACAGCAGUUACGGAGCCGUUAUCGCCGGAGCCAAAGGCAGUCAGAUGGAUACGCCAUUCUGA